AUGAUUCUAUACGCCGCACUGCUCUGCGCACUCGUCUUCCUGUGGAGGAGGUCGCGCAUUGCGCGAUCCCUGCUGGAUAAAGUACCCGGUCCCCCACGAGUAUCUUUCCUGUUAGGAAACGCGCCUCAGAUCGCUGGCAGACAGUGCUGGGAUUUUCAUACACACAUCGCGCGGAAAUACGGGUCUGUGGUCAAACUACAUUGGCUCUUCGGUACCUCGGCGUUGUAUAUCUUCGAUCCGCUGGCGUUGAGCCAUAUCGUCAAAGACCAGGGAAAAUACGAGGAGCCCGCCUGGGUUACUGGGACGAACCUCAUGACGCUCGGCCCGGGACUGGGCUCAGUCACCGGAGAGACGCACAGGAGACAGCGUAAGAUGCUCACCCCAGUGUUCUCAGCCAAGCAUCUCCGCACUAUCGUACCUAUCUUUCACCGGGUGACUGACAAGGCGAGAUCUGCCACAUUGCUGUUCCUGCGACGCGGCACAGACAUCGACAUCCUAGGCUGGAUGAGCCGUGCCGCUUUGGAGUUGAUCGGUCAAGCAGGAAUUGGUUACUCGUUCGACCCGCUCACAGAAGAUGUUCCGGAUGCCUAUGCAGAGGCUAUUAAGGACUUCGCACCGGUUAUGACGUCUCCGGGUAUGCUUCUCAUAAGACAGGCAGGACCAUAUGUCGGACAUCUUGGACCUGCAUGGUUGCGCCGUUGGAUCAUAGAGAAGCUGCCCCUCCGCGACAUGCGACGUCUUAUCCAAGUCACGGACGCAUUACACGAGCGCUCCCUCGAUAUAUUCCAAGCCAAGAAGGCCGCGGUCGAAGUUGGCGACGACACGGAUGCGAAGGAUAUCAUGGGCAUCCUACUGCGGGAGAACAUGAAGGCAUCUGGCGAAGACCGCCUCCCCGAAGACCAGCUCAUCGGUCAAAUGUCGAUCAUCAUCUUCGCGGCGAUGGACACUACUUCAAACACCAUGGCGCGUAUACUGCAGCUUCUCGCAACGCACCCAGAUGUACAGACAAAGCUAAGGCGUGAGAUCAUCGACGCGAAGGCUGUGGGGAGACCCCUGGAUUACGACCAGCUGCACAAUCUGCCGUAUUUGGAUGCUGUGUGCCGCGAGACGCUGCGACUACACCCUUCAGCCCCAAUGUUUGCCCGGGAGGUACUUGUAGACACUAUCCUCCCGCUUUCCCAUCCCAUUCGCGCCACGGACGGAACACUUCUCCAUGAGCUCGCUCUCCCCCGUGGCGCGAACCUCCUCGUGAGCAUCCUUUCCUGCAACCGCAACGAGGCACUCUGGGGUGCCGACGCGCACGAAUGGAAGCCGGAGCGAUGGCUUGCGCCCCUUCCGGCGGCGGUGGAGAAUGCGGCAAUUCCGGGGGUCUACUCAAAUCUAAUGACGUUCAUGGGCAGUGCGCGGUCAUGCAUCGGCUUCACAUUCUCGCAGUUGGAAAUGAAGGUCGUCCUCUCCGAGAUAAUCGCCAACUUCACGUUUUCGCCUUCAACCGAUACACCCGUGAUCUGGAACUUCGCUGGGGUAACGUACCCUACCGUCAGCACAGAGAGCACGAAGUCAGAGCUGUGGCUGAAGAUGAAGGCAUACCGCGAAGGGUAG